ACCUCCAACUUUGUCAGUUGGAGAUAGUGGCAAGUUCACGAUAUAUUCGCCUUGUGCCCACGUGGGAAGCUGGAACAAACAGCCUGUCAAGCCAAACAAGUUAUACCAUACAAUGUCUGCUCCGAGUGAGCAAGUGCUGCAACCCGCCACGUCCAACGACAUCUCCAUGUCUGACAAGAAGGAAAUCGGCCAAAACGUCUCCGACAAGCCAGAACAGCACGAGCAUUCGAAAGGCAGCAUACUGCAGGGCACUCUGCAGGGGACCGUCCACCACGAACUCACGCUUUUUGAACGCAAGGCACACUUGAUUAAUGAGGAGUUCGAUAGACUCGGCUUCGGCCGGUACCAGCAAUGUAUCUGGCUGCUUUGCGGUUUUGGAUACUUUCUUGAUCUGGCCUGGUCACAGGGUGUUGGUUUGGUAGCAUCGGCGAUAUAUCAGGAAAUGGGUGUGCCAGCCGGAAGACAAGGUCUUAUCUUUACGUGCGCCAAUGCUGGCCUGGCUGUUGGCGCCUUUUCGUUUGGCAUCAUCACCGACAUCAUUGGCCGCAAGUGGGCGUUUAAUCUCACAUGCCUCAUCACCUCCGUCUUCGGCAUGCUUCUUGCUGCCUGCAAAUACAACUACGGAGCCAUCUGCGGUGUCUACUUCCUCGCGAGCAUUGGACUCGGUGGCAACAUCCCCAUUGAUGCCACCAUUGCCCUUGAAUUUAUGCCACCAAAGCGCCGGUACCUCGUCUCGCUGAUGAGCAUGUGGCAGCCAAUCGGUGUUGUUGUUGCAUCAGCCAUUGCAUACGGCACCGCUGCCAAAUAUCGCUGUGAGACAACAUUGCCUGCCUGUACUGGCGAUAGGGAACCCUGCUGUUCCGUCUCGAGCAAUAUGGGCUGGAGGUACAUGGUCAUUGUCAUUGGUUCGAUGACUCUCUUCAUCUUCUUUGCUCGCUAUCUUGUCUUUCGAUUCCACGAGUCGCCUAAAUUCCUUGUCAGCCAGGGGCGUGAGCAGGAUGCUAUUGAUGUCCUCCACAAGAUCGCCAAGUUCAAUGGGGCUUCUCCACCGACAUUGACACUCGAGGACUUUCGUGCCAUCGACCGCGAAAUGGGAGUCACUCCGACGGAGCAGACUGGAAGCUCAGAUGCCAAAGGUGUCAUCAUCCGCGCAAUCCGUGAAGUCAGCUUUCUUCGAGGGUUGUUUCUCAACAAGCUUGCGUGCUUUACCUUUGUCCUCCUUGGUCUUGCCUACAUGGGAAAUUACUGGUCCUUCAACCUGGCUGGAGCCUUUCUACCAAUCAUCCUGCUCCGCAACAACGUCGAUGCUGGUGCCGACAGCGUGACCGACACAUACCGCCAAUACGUCUAUAUCUACUUACCGGGUAUCAUCGGUGCCGUCAUCGCCCUCUUCUCGGUUCAGCUGCCUCUCAUCGGAAGAAAGUGGUCGCUCGUCAUCUCGGCUGCUCUACAAGGCCUGUCGAUGGCACUCUACACGCAGGUCUCGAACACAGCCGGAUACGUCGGUCUGAACGCCCUCGAGUACAUCAUGCAAACAUACUUCAAUGCCGUGCUCUACGCGUCUGCCCCAGAGCUGUUCGACACCACCUACCGCGCCAGCGCUAGCGGAAUGUUAUCCACGCUCGGCCGCAUUGCUGGUAUCGUGGCACCCUUUGCUGGGCAAAAGUACAUCGAUGAGGGCAGGUCCGGUGUUCUUUGGCUGGGUGCGGGGGGUAUCUGGCUUUCGUCUUUCCUUAUGGUGUUCCUGCCAGUUGAGAUGAGGAACAGGGAGAUGUAUUAGGCUUGAUUUUCGGCUGUUUGGGAGGAUCUUUGUCUUUUUCCGUGCACGUCUCAAGCUCUACUUUCCAUGCUCUUGCCAAAUACAGGCUUUAGCUGUUGGCAGUUAAUCUCACUCACUCGUGAGUCAUAGAAGUCUUAUAUAGGUAAUGCAGGACAUCCAUGGAGAAAACACAUGAUAUAGUUGCUGGAGCAGCUCACAUCGAUUCAUUG